AUGGCGGGUGUACUUCCUUCUUCAUCAACUCUCUCUCUACUGGCUUCACUCAACUUGCCUUAUCAGAAGCCAUCGUAUUCUAGCUGUUUCAUCUUAAGCACCCGAAAGAGUCCUCUUGUUCAAUGCAAGGCCAAGAAGAAAGUUAGCUUCACAGACCAAAUUCUUGAUUAUAUUGAAGGGGGUCCCAAGUUAAGGAAAUGGUAUGGGGCACCUGAGCUUCUGCCUAAAGAUGGAACAAAUGUUGAAGAAGAUGAUGAAUUCCCAGAAGGAGAAGAAACUAGGGAUGCUGUUUUGGUAACUGAUGGAGAUAAUGAGAUGGGUCAGAUGGUAAUAUUGUCAUUGAUUGUCAAAAGAGCUCGAAUAAAAGCACUGGUGAAGGAUAAGCGGGCUGCACUUGAAGCAUUUGGGACUUAUGUUGAGUCAAUGGCUGGAGAUUCAAGGGACAAGCCAUUUCUAAGGAGAGCUCUAAGAGGAGUUUGCACAGUAAUAUGCCCAAAUGAAGGCUUCUUAUCUACUGUUGGGAGCUUGAAAGGCGUCAAACAUGUAAUUCUCUUAUCUCAGUUGUCUGUUUACAAAGGUGCCAAUGGCAUUCAAGCUCUCCUGAAAAGCAAUGCAAGAAAAUUGGCUGAGCAAGAUGAAUCAAUACUGGUGGCCUCAGGAAUCCCUUACACCGUGAUCCGGGCUGGCUUGUUGCAAAAUUCUUCUGGUGGAACUCAAGGUUUUAGCUUUGAACAGGGUAGUUCAGCAAAAGGAACUCUUAGCAAGGAGGAUGCUACCUUUAUUUGUGUGGAAGCAGUUGAUGCAGUCCCCCAGAAAGGCUUCAUAUUUGAGGUGGUCAAUGGAGGUGAGAAGGUUUCAGAUUGGAAAGAAUGUUUGAACAGAUUGAUGGAGAAAUCGGAACAGCAACUUCAAUAA